GCGGCGUGGCACGUCAGUGUCUCAGACUUUCACAAUUACGUAAGUACUACAGAGGCAGCCUCUGGACUCAUUGGGUAAUUUUUGCUUUUUUACUCGACCAUGGAUUUGAUCAACUCUAAAGAAACGGAGAAGCACUGUGUCCUGUGCUGCCAAGAAGUAGACAUCUUCGCCUUCGGAAAAUGCGACCACCCGGUGUGUUACCGUUGCUCCACCAAAAUGAGGGUGCUAUGUGAGCAGAAGUACUGCGCCGUCUGCCGGGAGGAGCUCGACAAGGUGGUUUUUGUCAAGACCGCAGAGGCCUUUUCCUCUCUGCCCCAUCAGCACUUCCCUUGUGAGAAGAAACAUGACAUUUAUUUUGCCGAUGAGAUGAUCCAUGCUCAGUACAGGCACCUGCUGUUGCCACAGUGUCCCUGCUGUUCACAAGCCAAGAUCUUCUCCAAGUUUGUGGAGCUGGAGCAACACAUGAGGAAGCAGCAUGAACUCUUCUGCUGCAAGCUCUGCACCAAACAUCUAAAGAUCUUCUCCCAUGAGCGGAAGUGGUACAACCGCAAGGAACUCGCACGCCAUCGAGCGCACGGAGACCCGGACGACACCAGUCACAGAGGACACCCGCUUUGCAAGUUCUGCGAUGACCGUUACCUCGACAACGAUGAGCUGCUCAAACACUUGAGAAAGGACCACUACUUCUGCCACUUCUGUGACGCUGACGGCUCCCAGGAAUAUUACAGCGAUUACCAGUACUUGAGCGAGCACUUCCGAGAAAGUCACUACCUGUGCGAGGAAGGCCUCUGUGCCACCGAGCAGUUCACCCAUGCAUUCCGCACCGAGAUCGACUACAAGGCGCACAAGGCUGCGGCCCACAGCAAGAGCCGAGCGGAGGCCCGACAAAACCGCCACAUCGACCUGCAGUUCAACUUGGCUCCAAGACAGCAGCAGAGGAGAAAUGAAGGUCUGGUCACCGGUGAGGAUUAUGAGGAGAUGCGUCACAAUCGAGGAGGGAGAGGAAGACCCCAGGCGGGACAGAAGAGCUGGCGAUACUCUCGAGAGGAAGAGGACAGGGAGGUGGCAGCUGCUAUGCGGGCGUCGAUGGCUGUGCGUCGACAAGAAGAUAGAGCAGCUGCACUGGAGAGGAGUGCUCCCAAACCACACAGGGAAGACAGAAUGGAAUCAGAAGAGCCCAGGAUCGGAUCAAUGAAACCAACAGGAAAACCUCCAGUGAAGACCAUGAAGAGCUCAAAUCCAAGAGAUGAAGAAGAUGACUUUCCAGCUUUGGGGGCCACAGCUCCAGUCGCCAUUGUAAAAUCAGCCCCACCAGUGGUUCCACCAGCUCCACGGACGCUGAAGGAAGAUGACUUCCCCAGCCUCUCGGUAGUUAAUGUGUCAGCCCCCAUGACACCAUCUUAUCCUGCCCAACCCAAGAAGUCGUCGUCUUUUCAAGAGGAGGAUUUCCCCGCUCUCGUGUCCAAAGUCCGACCCCUCAAAUCUGCAGCAGGCUCUAACUCUGCGUGGUCCACUCAUACUGCUCCAGCUCGGCCCACUGCUCAGCCCCCUCCUUCUACUCGACCCCCACCUCAACUCUCCUCAGCACCCUCCGGCCCCCAGCCCCUUACCUCCUCAAGCGCUUCAUCUUUAAGGAGAAAAAAGAAAGUAGGAGAGAAUGGUAAGGCCGCAUCCACACGCUCGCCUCCUUCCUCCGAUGAUGACAGCCCAGGAAUGACGCAGCAGGAGUUCCGCUCGGUGCCCACCAUGUUGGACAUCUCAUCUCUGCUUACAGUAAAAGGAUGCGAUGGCAAAGCCUCCACUGCCACCACCAGCCUUGCCACCCCUACGUCCAACACUGACCUUCCUCCUUCGAAAGCAAGCAAGAAGAAAAAACAAAAGAACACAUAUGCUUCUUCUAACUCUUCAGUGUCGGGGACCCAAGCACCUGCGAAGACGCCGUCAGUGGAAACGACAGCUCAAAAGGAGAAUGUUCCUGAGAAAACCAGGAGCAAACCUUCCAGCGCGGUGGCGGUUGCCCAGAGCCGAUUGGUUAAUGGCUUUCAUGAAACAUCACCGCCAGUCGUUAGCAAGGAGACAGUCGCAACACCGCCUCAUACCAAGGAAGAUGCUCCUAUUGAACAAGACGAGGAAUUCCCUGCCCUCAUGACUAAGAAACCACCUCCAGGGUUCAAGACUUCCUUCCCAACCAUGUCCUCAACUCCUGCUCCGUCCUCCACAAUGCCCCCACCUCCACCUGGCUUGGGGCUCCUUGCCACAAAACCCCCACCUGGCUUCACCGGGAUCCCCCUCAACAGUAACGUGGUGGAGACCCCUCCCCUGGUGGUCAACCUAGCUCCCAAAGCUCCAGACAGUGGUUACCUGGUGCCAGACGACUUCCAUCAGAGGAAUCUGGAGCUGAUCCAGUCGAUCAAGAAGUACCUCCACAAUGAUGAGUCCAAGUUCAAUCAGUUCAAAAACUACUCCGCGCAAUUCAGACAGGGGGUUUUAUCAGCAGCCCACUAUCACCACAGCUGCAAGGACCUGCUUGGAGACGACUUCAACCGCAUCUUCAAUGAGCUGCUGGUGCUGUUGCCGGACACUAUUAAGCAGCAGGAGCUCCUCACAGCUCACGGCGACUGCAAGGCUCAGGAGAAACAGUCGGGGACAGGCGACGGCGGAGGAAAGAAAAACAAGAACAAAAAGAACGCCUGGCAGACACCCAGGACGCAGGCUAAUGCUAACGCCGCUGCCGACCUGGACUGUCAGGUGUGCCCCACAUGCAGACAGGUGCUGGCCCCCAAGGACUUCAACUCUCACAAGACACUGCACAUGAGUGAGAACGAGGAGUUCCCUUCCUUGCAGUCCAUCAGCCGAAUUAUCAGCUAGCCACCAGCACCGUGAAGCACUCUGUUGUCAAGUCUCAUCAGCAGCUCCCAGCACGGAGGACAUAUGUCGCUUUGUUGUGGAUCACACGCCAGAAGAGGGCGGGGCUUAGCGGAAAGUCUUUCCUGACGAAGAUUACAUUCAAAGGUUUUACAGUUGGGAUGCCCUCAUCUCAACUUGAGUCCAACUGGGACACUUCCAACUGGCUCAGCUAUGCGGAAAUGCAGCUUGAUUUAUUUAUAAAGAUCGCAACCUACUUGAACAAAUCCAUUGCUUUUGAAGAAAAAAAAAUAUAUAUAUUUUUUUCAUUUUGUUAACAUUGAAAGUUGAUCAUGUUUGAGUACCGAGAUGGGCAGCACGGUGCAAAAUUUUGGAACGUGAAAAAGCGCUAUACAAAAUGGAUUGAUGGAUGAAUGCUUUUUACGUUCGAAUUCAAAUGAUUUUGCACUUUGUGGAAGUGUGGCUGUUGAGCUGCGUGCAAAACCGAUUUACAGUAGUUCUAACCGUAAAUGUGUUUUGUUUCAAAUACUUCACCACUCAGUUUGGUGUAUGUAGUGAUUUAACUCGUGAAAUCAAGUCAGACAAUAACUGAAUUUCUCUUAUUUCAACAGGAACAAAAUAGAAUCAAUGAGAUGCUGUCUCCUUGUGUAUUCUCUUUCCGUUUCAAUUUAAUACACACAACACAUUUUUAUUUCAGCCUCCUAGAUUUAAAAGCAUGUAAAUAUGUGUACUUAAAAGUAAACACUUGAGCGGCACACACACUCCUCUCUGGCCAUUGUUUGAGCGCCUUUGUGCUGGUGGACAUGUUGAUGUGUUUUAGCACACAGUGUGUUCAUCUUCUCUCAGGACCUUCAGCAUGCAGUGCCGUGUGCCAGACUGAAUGACAGUGUAUAUAUAGUUUUAUCUAUACAUACAGCUGCUGCUAUUUUCUCGCUGGCUCCAAUAAAAGCCUUUCUGUCAGCCGUGUGUGUUUCUUGGGGUUAGGGUUAGGAGUAGGAGGAAUACUACUACUGAGGAGGGGCGUAUGUACAUUUUACUGGUAAAAUUAUUUUGUGAAAUGUUGAUUUAAAAUACUGAAUUUUAAAUAUAUUUAAAUUAAAUGUUGAAUUAACAUUGGAUAGUGAUAUAUUCCGGGCUGGCAUGCAGUAAAGAGUGCCGUUUUUUUGCUAUAAACACAGCAUUCAGGCUGAAUUUGGAUGAAUACUGUAUGUGAACACAAAUGCUGAAAUGAAAACUGCAAGUGAAUUUGUGACAUUCUGACUUCGUACCAUUCAAGUCCAA